AUGAAUCCGUUUUCCAGUACACCUGCACCACGGCGGUUUUUACUGCCCAGGCGGUCGACGCAGUCGUCGUCGCAAAAGCCAGGUGCUCCUCCGCAAUUUCAAUCCACUCCGCGCUUUGGCUCCUCUUCGGCUCCUAGACCAACGCAAGGCAAUGAGCUCGACAUUGAGGAGUCUGAAGAUGGAGAGGAAGAGGAAGUUAUAUCUGAGUCGAGUCUGUCAGGCGAUGAGAGAGGGGCUACGGAGAUGAGACAAGCUGCUUCACGCAAGAGUGUGCUUGAUAUUGAGUCAGAUGCCGGCAUACCAUCGCAGGAGGAGCCGUCGUCUGAUGUGGUGGAUUCAAGACCGAAGUCUCACCGAAGAUUUCAUAUUGAGUCAGAAAGCCCAAGUGAGGGCUCACAAGACACUGUGGUUGGCAGAGAAGCGAAGCGUCGGAAGAUGUCGAUAUCUCCGACGCCUCUGAUCGGUUCUGACCAUGCGCCUCACGAGGAGACUGCCUUUGAUACUGAAGAUGGAGCCUCGGUGAUGAGUAUGGAUAGUGGGGAGGGGUCGCCCAUAAUCAUGCGGAAUUCCAAGGCCCUUCAGCAACCUAUUUUUCAACAGGCGCCCCGAUUCAAGCCUCUUGACGCUGAGACUACGUUCAAUGGCCUCCCAGCGGCAUUUUCACCACAGCGAAGAGGGUCAAGAUACGUCUCUGGAGGUAUGGCAGCUCAGCUCCAAGGAUGGCUUUCGGAAGUCAAGGGGUGGGAUGAGAACAGUGGGAGGGUCGAAUCAGUGAUGAAGCUUCACGUGGACCAGAUCAGGUCGGGGAGACGAAUGUAUCUUGUAGAAGGCCGCGAUCCUUUGACAGAGGCAUCUAAGAGAUGGAUUCUGGCCGGCGAGGGAAAGCUGACUGGUCUGGGUAAGAGGGCGGAGGUGAAGAUGGGGAGCGUGGUGCUGAUUGAGCCGCCUGUGUGGGAUGUUGAGUUGGAAGGGAGUAUUUGGAAUGUUGCCUGCGAAUGGAGCGUAGAGAUGACUUGA